GUUAAAUUUUUUACUUAUAUAUUGAAGCAACGUGUAAAAUAGCGAACACGAUUCGUCAAGGAGGGGUGAUUGGCCUAUGGGCCUCACCAACACCUGUCAAACGUACGGGGGUGAAGCCCGGGCCCCCGGCGAGUAUGCGACAUACCGGCUUUGGUAAACUUGGUGGCCUUAUAAAUACUGCUGUGAAUGCUUCUAAACGACAAUCAAGUAAUGGAGAUGUACAGUGGUGCUUUUCACAAGUAAAAGGUACCUUAGAUGAUGAAGUGACAGAAGCCGAUAUAAUAUCAUGUGUUGAAUUUAAUCACGAUGGUGAAUUACUUGCAACGGGGGACAAAGGUGGACGUGUUGUUAUCUUCCAACGGGAUGCCCAUUCAAAAGUAUCAAUACCGCGUCGUGGUGAAUAUAACGUAUACUCAACAUUUCAAUCACAUGAACCUGAAUUCGACUACCUCAAAAGUUUAGAAAUUGAAGAAAAAAUUAAUAAAAUUCGAUGGUUAAAACGUAAAAAUCAAGCACAUUUUUUAUUAUCAACAAAUGAUAAAACAAUUAAAUUAUGGAAAGUUAGCGAGCGUGAUAAACGUGUUGAAGGUUACAAUACGAAAGAAGAAAAUGGACAUAUUAGGGAUCCAUCGUGUGUGACAUCGUUACGUGUACCAACGAUACGACCGAUGGAAUUAACAGUUGAAGCAUCACCACGUAGAAUAUUCGCAAAUGCACAUACCUAUCAUAUUAACUCAAUAUCUGUAAACUCUGAUCAGGAGACCUAUCUGUCAGCGGAUGAUUUACGUAUCAACCUUUGGCAUUUAGAAAUCACCGAUCAGAGCUUCAAUAUUGUUGAUAUUAAACCGGUCAAUAUGGAAGAAUUAACUGAAGUGAUUACAGCAGCUGAAUUCCAUCCGGUUGAAUGUAACUUAUUUGUGUAUUCUAGUAGUAAAGGUACAAUAAGGCUAUGUGAUAUGAGAGCAGCCGCAUUAUGCGAUCGACAUGCAAAACUAUUUGAAGAACCAGAAGAUCCAACAAAUAGAAGUUUCUUUUCAGAAAUAAUAUCUAGUAUUUCCGAUGUAAAACUAUCAAAUUCGGGGCGGUAUAUGAUUUCUAGGGAUUAUUUAUCUGUAAAAGUAUGGGAUUUGCAUAUGGAAACUAGACCUAUUGAAACUUAUCCAGUACACGAAUAUUUACGAUCAAGAUUAUGUGCACUAUAUGAAAACGAUUGUAUAUUCGAUAAAUUCGAAUGUUGUUGGAAUGGUAACGAUACAGCAAUAAUGACCGGUUCAUAUAAUAAUUUCUUCCGUAUGUUUGAUCGUACAACAAAGCGUGAAGCAACAUUAGAAGCAUCACGUGAUAUUGCCAAACCAAAAACUGUAUUAAAACCGCGCAAAGUGUGUACAGGGAAUAAACGAAAAAAGGAUGAAAUUAGCGUAGAUUGUUUAGAUUUCAAUAAAAAAAUUUUACAUACUGCAUGGCAUCCCACUGAAAAUAUAAUUGCUGUAGCCGCUACAAAUAAUCUAUUCUUAUUCCAAGAUAAGUUCUAGCGAAAAUAAUAUUAAAAGAAA